AAACAUAACAGCGCAAUCCAAGCACAGCUCUCGUUCGUAUGAUUCUCUAUAAACUAAACGAAGUACAAAUAAUUUCAUUGGCCAGCCGUUUGACAACUUAAAUACAGUCGUCGUUCAAUUGAUCUGUUCUCUGCUAAGCUGCAAGCACUAGUACAUACAUGCACGUGUCCGUAGCAAAACCAGGUUCGAAGUACGGAUUCGCUUGUGUUGAUGGCUAUCCAAAGUACGUUUUAACGUUUGCAGUACGAAGACCACCCGUACUUCAUCAUCGGCGUGGUUAGCAGCAGUUUUUAACAAACGCUGCACAGCGAAUGAUUCAUUGAUAUGGCUGCUUCGUAUUUUCUGCGAAAUUGAUCUCGUGUCAAAAGUUUUUUUUUUAUCAGAUUCAACACUUUCCACUGACACAAACUGGGCAAGCUGGUGAAAACUGUCAAGAGUAAGCAUUAUGCAUCUUAUAAAAAGGCAGUUCCGGAUAAUUAGCGGCCCCCAAACAGUACCAGUAGCUCUUGCAUAUGUGGUUUAAUAAAUCAAGCUGAUUAGUUCUAUGUGAUUGUUAGCAUGAUGCAAUUGAAAAAACAGAAUCAGACGAGAAAAUGUACAACUAUUAGAAAAAUGAUGUCAAAAUAGGCGUGCAUACAUCCCAAUAUUGGGUUUUUGGCUUAUGAGCACGAUGCUAGUAAACUAAGUAGAGCUGAGAUUUUUAAUACAAACCAUGACCCGCCUUCACUACUUCGCACUCUGCCGAACUCAUCAUAUAUGGUUUCAUUUCUGUUCCGCCCGAACCAAUAUAAACGUCGAGAUAGAUCCCUAUUGAGCCGAAAGGUGCCUCAUUCAGCAAAGAGAGCGGUAUAGUCCUUCUCUUACGAAUUCCGGUAAAAAUUAUAGUGUAUAAAAUACAAUUUAAAACGCAUCAUUCGGGUGUUCAUGUCGAUUAGGCGGAACAACCGAAGAGCUUUUUAGAUGCGUAGAUAUGGGUCGAAUAUGUCAGUCGUUGAAAGCCGUCAGUGUGCCGUUCUUUUUGUCCGUCAGGUCUAGUCCUUCAGUUAGCACCAGUCGUCAUAUCGAUAUGUCUUAGUUUGAGCGGAGAGUGCUCUGGGGAUCCAGAAAGGGGGAAAAUUUGUUGUUCGUCGGUCCCCUCUUCUAACUAUGCAACGAUACAUGUAUUUUACCCAGACGAAACCAUUGCAUCCAUCUCCGCACCUUCUCGUAGGCACAGUAUCAUUUUAUGGGGUGAGAUCUAUCUCCUCGCCAAGACCGUGGUAUACGAAUCCAAUGGAUUAAGGAUUACUGUUACUGCUACUGCUACUACUAGUUUGAAACUGCCGUUCAUGACGGUAUCAAGCAGCUCCGACGCAGAGCGACAGUUUACUUCUCGUCGGAAGUAUCAUUACACCUGUCACAGGUCCGGUGGGCGAAAAACUGACCGAACGUUUCAAGUAGAGUGAGGUGAAUCAACGACCUGCUUGCGCCUGUUCGUACGGCAUCUGUCCGACUCUGGCUUGACAUGAUGACUCAAGAUAUCGGAUUCAACGCCUUUACGGGCCAGCUUCAUCAGACCGACUUGAAGACCCACCAGCGUGACAGGCAAAAUUUACACGGCACAGAGUUGAAGAAUGAGAUUGAGCAAAAACGUGAUGGUCUUGUUCUCGAAAAGCCAAGUGAAGAGCUUCCGACAUGGACAUGGAGUAACAUCGUUUGGAGUAACGUAGUCAAGCUUGGCUUUCUGCAUAUCUUCGCUAUUUGGGGCAUCUUUCACUGGCACCUACUGAAAUGGCAAACACAUGUCUUCGGUCUAAUUUGGUUGCAGCUGUCGGGCCUUUCCGUAACCGUAGGAGCUCACCGUCUAUGGUGCCACCGAUCCUAUAAGGCGAAAAGUCCACUUCGGGCCUUUCUUAUGAUCCUCAACUGUAUCGCUGCCCAAAAUGAUCUCUACGAAUGGGUACGAGACCAUCGGGUGCACCACAAGUACUCUGAUACUAAUGCCGAUCCCCACAACAUAAACAGAGGCUUAUUUUUCUCACACAUGGGUUGGCUCCUUUUCAAGAAGCAUCCCGAUGUGACUAAAUUCGGACGCCGUAUCGACUGCUCGGAUGUCCUAGCGGAUCCUAUUGUGCGCUUCCAAAGGAGGUAUUACGGAUGGCUUGUGAUCUUUAUGGCAUUCCUUGUCCCCACAUACGUGCCGUGGCUGCUGUGGAACGAAUCCUUGUUGAUAAGUUUCCUCGUACCAACUUGUUUGAGACUAAUUGCGUCACUCCACUUCACUUGGUCCGUUAAUUCGUUGGCGCAUUAUUUUGGUGACAAGCCGUUCGACAAAUAUAUGGCUCCAACUGAAACAACGCUAGUGUCCUUUUGGGCUGUUGGAGAGGGCUUCCAUAAUUUCCACCAUGCGUUCCCGUUCGACUACUCCUGCUCGGAACUCGGAUGGUUCGUGAAUCCCUCUAAGCUGUUUAUAGACCUGAUGGCCUACUUUGACCUGGCAUACGAUUGCAGGUCGGUUUCACGAGAAACCAUCUUAAGAAAGAAGCUCGCCACCGGAGACGGCACUCGUCUUCCAGCAAGAAUCAAAGAGAUUAAAACAAUGGCUAUCCAGACCGAGAUGAAUCGGCAAGGUUUAUAAACCAUGGUGUUUUAUACAACGUCCUUUAGGCACACAGAUUGCGUAGAGGAUCCCGGCAUAAAUCUUGCAUGAAAACUUCUUUAAACAUGCGCUUAUGCUGGCGUCUGAAUUACCCUUUUAACUACGCAAUAUAAAAUGCUAAUGUUAACUAGCGAUUUUUUUUAAUGCAUAUAUCUUAAUAGUAACUUAAUCACCUUAAUUAUCUGAAAUGGGUUUCAAGAAUCUCACGAAAGCCCGAAAGAUUUAUCAAUCUGAGAAUCAUUCAGGAAUUCACCUCUCAAAACGCAUCCGAAUCAAAAGUUCUUUUUGCUAAAUUGAAAUUUUUUAUUAAGCAUUAUUAUUAUUAAGUAUUUUAUUGAGACGGUUGCGUUUUGAACCUAAGCGAUCUAUAUGAAAACAAGCAAAUGCAACAGAUAUUUUCUACAUUUAAGGCAAAUAGCAUGUGGCCAACGUGUUCGAAAUAGAGCAGUUUCUCUAUGAGGCUCGAUUAUUAUUGGUUGUCAGUUCGAUGCCAAAGAAUUUCAGCUCAAAGGGUUUCGAGAAGCGAUUGAGUUUUCACUCUGUGCCUGUACUGAACACCAGUACUUAACGCCAACAGCAGUCAUAGCAUUCUCGAAUAGCCUGUAUAUAUUGUAAAAGUGUCUAAACGCUUACAAAGGAACUUAGUAGUUUCCUUAGAUUCAUAUUGUAACUACGGUAAAUAAAUGCGUGCGUUUUUUA